AUGGCAUCAGAGGGGAUCAGCUGCCCGAGCAGGUGUAGCUGUCAGUACCUGGAGGUGAACUGCAGCGGACAGCAGUUGCAGGAGUUCCCUGUGGAUAUCCCUCUGGACACCAGGCAGCUGAUUCUGGCAGCAAACAACGUCUCGUACCUGCCAGCAGUGGAAUUGAGCUUCCUGGCUGAUUUGGUCUAUCUGGACUGCAGAAAGAACCUCCUGGGGGAUGACCUGGAUUUCACUUUCAUUGGCGUGGCCAAGCUUGUCUAUCUAGACCUCAGCUUCAACAACCUCACACAAGUUACCUUCAGCACCUUCUCCCACCUCCUCAGCCUGGUGGUGCUGAAGAUCUCGGACAAUCCCAACCUUGUGACCAUCGAGAAGGAUGCUUUUGCCAACAACACCUGGCUAAGGCACCUGGAUGUGAGCCGGACAGGCUUAACCUUCCUGGACACCAGCACUGUCCGGGACUUGCCCAGCCUGAGGCUUCUGGGGCUCAGUGACAACCUGUGGCACUGCAACUGUUCCUUUUUGGAUUUCAUCACCUGGAUGACGGAGAGCGAUGUGCAUUUUCCAGAUGCUGACAACAUCACCUGCUACACCCCAGCAGGCCUGCAUGCCCUGAGGAUGCCAGCAGCAGAGGCACAGCUCCACUUCAGCUGCCUGACCCAGCUGUACAAGCAGGAUUAUGUCUUUCUGUGCCUCGUUGGCUUCUGCAUAUUCCUUGCUGGCACCAUGGCAGCCUGGCUGGCCGGCGUCUGUGCUGUCAUCUACGAGGCCCAUGCCUCAAAGGGAGAGGAAGAGGAGGAUGAGGAGGAAGACAUAGCCACUUAG